ACUUCUACUACUACUGUUACUCCUACUACUGUUACUCCUACUACUAUCACUCCUCCUACUACUCCUGCUAUCACUAAUCCUACUAUCCCUACUCCUACUCCUGCUCUGCACACAUCUGCACCCUCUACGUGUAUGCUUAUUAGCGCUCUCAUUCGGCCUUCACUCUUGGUCAUGAGUCUUCCAAAAGGCCAGACACUUUGGCAUAAGGGGUUCAAGAUAUUGUUGUGUCCUCUCUCAAUGGUUGCAGCCAUCAUUGCCUUUAUUCUUUUGCUGCUAUGGGAGCCAAUACAAAUGACUCUUGUGGCUGUUGUGGGUGUGGCAAUGGUCCUGAGCUUGGGACAAACGAUUGUUGUUUUUCUACCCUUUGGGCCCAGCCAUGAACUGAGGUCCAUCUGUGAUUUGGUUCUCAGAGUGACUUCCUUCACAACUGAGGUUUUUACCAUGGCGGCCAUAUUUGUGGGUCUGGAGGAAAUUGAGAAGUGCUGCUCGAUACACUGGCGCAUGAAAGUGAUGGGAGGGUAUACAGCCUGGGUGGCUCUGUUCUACUUGAUGUUCAUAUACUUCUGUUGCAACCAGAGUUACCAGAGGAAAAGAAUUGGUUACAAAUGGAUUGUGCCAAAGAGAACGGUAAGCUCAGUGUCAAACCUCUGCUCUCAAUGAAGCCUGAACCCUGUUAAACUUUUAGAUACUCUUUGAAAAAAUCCUCAAUGUUAUCCUUGUUCUGGGCAAAUUGGGUUUUACAGUGGCUCUUAUCACUGGAAUAUACACUUAAUAUACACUAUUUGCAUUGUGUUCCCCCAAACCCCUCUUUUACGCUGCUGCUACUCUAUUUACCAUAUAUGCAUAGUCACUUUAACUAUACAUUCAUGUACAUAGUUCCUCAGUUGGCCCGACCAACCAG